UGCGUCCGCUUGCCCUCUCAUUUGCUUCGUUGGACCACCAACAGAGAAGCAGAAGAAGAUGGCGAAUUUUAAUUAGGGAAUGGUUUUUUGUGCGAAAGAAGAAGAUGCCUUCAAGCGAAAUCAGAUCAAGUUUUCUGACGGUAGGCGAGAAAUUUUGCGCGGCGUUCAUUCCAUUUAUAGCAAUCAUCGAAGCAAUCAUCUUCGUCGUCUCCGAUUGCUUCGAUCAGCGACCGCCGUCGAUUCGGCAGCGGAUUCUCAAGAAGCAGACAACAUAUGAUCUUCGUAGACUCGCUCACGAAUCCAGAUGCUUUUCGGUCAACGAGGUCGAGGCGCUGCACGAGCUGUACAAAAAGUUGAGUUGUUCCAUAAUUGACGAUGGGCUCAUCCAUAAGGAAGAGUUGCAAUUGGCAUUGUUUAAGACUCCAUCUGGGGAGAACUUGUUUCUUGAUAGAGUGAGUAGCGAGAACUUGUUUCUUGAGAGAGUUUUUGAUUUGUUCGAUGAAAAGAAAAAUGGUGUUAUUGAAUUUGAGGAGUUUAUCCAUGCGCUUAGUGUCUUUCAUCCUUUUGCUCCUGUAGAGGAAAAAAUUGAUUUUGCAUUCAGACUAUAUGACUUGAGACAGACAGGGUUCAUCGAACGUGAAGAAGUAAAGCAAAUGGUGAUUGCAAUUUUGAUGGAGUCUGACAUGAAACUGUCAGAUGACCUUCUUGAAGCGAUAAUUGAUAAGACAUUUGCAGAUGCUGAUGCUGAUAGGGACGGAAGAAUAAACAAGGAUGAAUGGAAGGAAUUUGUUAUGCGACACCCUUCUCUUUUAAAGAAUAUGACUCUUCCUUAUUUGAGGGACAUCACAACUGCAUUCCCAAGUUUUGUCUUCAACACUGAGGUUGAGGAUUAAAGAAACCCAUGCAUAAAUCCAAGAUAUCUAGUGAACUGCUGAGUCAGUACCUUAAUGGCCAUGAGAUGGAGAUGAAUUGAUCUCUCAAAGGGUGAUUGGCGGAAGUCAGAGGAGGCAGUUAAAUGAGAAUAGAUGAAUUGUCAUUUUCCUCUUCAAGCUUCCAUCUGCUCAUCAACUCAGACUGUGCUGGACUAUUCAUCAGUGGUGGAAGUGCAAUUGCUAUUUUUUUUCCUGAUUGGUUCGAACCUCCUUAAAGAGGGAGGGAAAAUCCAAUGUGUGUGGAACUAUGAACUAACAUAACUGUAGUUCUUAAACUAAUUUAUUUAUGAUUUUCAUUGCUGUAAAUAUUGUGAAGGAAUGAUUGGUUGUUUCUAAAACCAUCAAUCUCAUAUUUAAUUUAUUGUUUUGUCUAGUAGUAAAAUCCUUAGUUAUGCUUUA